GCGUUACUAUGACAAGCUUUUUAAAGAGUAUUGCAUUGCUGACAUGACCCAGUAUAAAAAAUGCAAGAUUGGAUUGAGAUGGAGAACAGAAAAGGAAGUGAUAUCUGGCAAAGGAUCAGAUAUUUCUUGUUCAGAAUCAAUACAAAAUCUUUAGCAAUGGUCAGAAUAUGCUCUUUUGCAGGGCAAUUUAUCUGUGGUAAUAGGCGUUGUGAUGAAAAACAUGGGCUAGGCAGUUAUGAGGUGAAUUUUUCUUAUGUUGAAGCAGGGGAGCAGAAACAAGCACUAGUGCAGCUGGUAGCUUGCAAGAGAUGUGCAGAAAAGCUUGCUUAUAAGAGGCUGAAGGAGAAAGAGAAAGAGAAGGAGGGGGAUCCCUACGGUGAAAAGGAAAUUGAGUUGAAAGACAGGGACAAGAGAAAGAGAGAACACGAAGGAAGUGAUGAUACCUCUGAGGAUGAGGCCAAGAAAGAUAGAAGAAAGAAAAAAGGUACAGCUGAUUGGAUACGCCUUUUAUAUUGGUCAUGUACUUUGUUGGGUUGGGGGUCAGGGGUCUAAUGCUUAGUUAACGGCUUGCUUGGCUACUGUACUCUUCAGGCGGCCAAAUCUCAAACAGGGUUUUUAUAACAUCCCCAUGGCCUAUUGGCACCAUCCUUUUUCCUGAAAUCUGAACAGCACUUUUCAAGAUAUUUGGCACCUAAAUGUUGAGUUCACUUGGUAACUGUGUGUGUGGUUUCCACCUGGGAAUGGCCCAGGUCACGGCUGAUCUCGGGCCUUGUAAAUAAGGUCUAUCUAGAACACAUAUCUUGUGUUUAUUCAUGUAGGGAAAUGUCAUGGCUCUGCGCUCAGUAGAACGUAUGCCUUUAUUGGGCUCACCAGAACCUGCGACAGCCUUGGGCUUUGUCGAUUAUUCUGUGCUCAUGCAUGCAUCUUGUGUUUGUUUAUUGGGGAUUUAGGGAUGCCAUAGAUUCCAGCGGCAUGAAACUUACUCUUGCAAAAAUGGUGCAGAUCGAAAGGGAGCUUCUUCAAGGAGUUCAGGAAACAACGAUGAAGGUUUCGAAGAGUUCCUCGAAGGCAUGUUCCCAAGAUCUGGUUUUCUUAGGGGCUACAAAAAGUUGUUCCAUGCUCUUUCGGGGAAAAAAACGAGCACGGAUCUUGUAACAAAGCCAUCAGUAGUGGAGUAGCAAAUCGUUGCAAAUCCGACCCUUGAUGUGCUUUGACUACAAGUCAAUGUAGGUGCGCUAUCUGUAAUUAUGUGUGCCCGUGCUGUUUCAUUUUCGUAGCUGUGAGAGAUGCCCGUUACUCUGUUAGUCAAAGAAAAAAUGAAUGUAACUACUCGUGGGUCUACUUUAGUGUUACACUGAAGGAGUGAAGGACAAUUUCAGUAACAUUGACUUGUGUAUCUAUGUCAGUGUUCUGGCUGGAGAGGUUCGGUGAUGAACUUGUGUAUCUAUGUCAGCUAGCCUGCCUAGCUUCAACCCAAAAAACAGUGAUGAACUUGAUAUUACAUUUGCAUUGUACCUCGACAGUUGAAAAUAAUCAAAUUGCAGCUUCCAGUUACUUAUUUCUUCUUAAGCAAAAAAA